AUGUGUAACUCACUCAAAAAAUGUUUGAGGGAGCAUGAGAAUAAAAAGGUGCAGCCAAUCCCCACAAAACGCGAUGCAGGCUGGGCGUGGCUGGUUAUGUUCGCCUCGUUUACGCUCCAGCUGUUUAUUGAUGGGUCAAUUAGUGGUUUUGGCGUCAUCUUCCUUGCCAUACAACAAGACGAGGCCUUUGUUCGGGCGAAUUACACCCGAACAUUGCUUGCAAUGCCAGGUUCCAUUCAACCGGGUUUCUUCCUUUGCACCGGUGCGUUUGCCAGUCCAUUUAUCCAGAAAUUUGGAUUUCGCCUUACCGGAAGCUUUGCCAGUAUAAUGGUCAGCUCAGGAAUUUCACUGUCCAGCAUGCAAACGAACAUCCAUCUUUUCAGUCUCUUUUACGGUGUAGUUGCUGGAAUCGGUUUUGGCAUCCUGAUGGUUUGCGCCAUUGUUUCUGUCAAUUUCUACUUUGAGCGCUUCCGUGGAAUAUCCUCUGGAGUAGCCAUGGCUGGCGCGGGUGUGGGCUACUUGGCGGUGCCGCUUUUAUUCAGCAAACUGGUGGAGCGCUUAGGAUGGCGCAAUGCCCUUCUCAGCUACUCGGUUUCCAUAUUCCCUGUGAUGUUGCUAUCCGUUCUCACCUUCCGUCCUUUCAUCUUGGCUUCGAAUGAAAGUGACGGUGAGGAAGAAAUUCAGUUCAUAGAAAAUGGGGACCUAUUGCCCGUAAAUGAAACAACAGCCCUGCCAGAGCUUGCGGCGAAUGAAGGCACACAACCACAACAUUCCAUUAUCUUGGGAAGUACUGAACUACCGAAUCUCAGUGAACUACGAACACCUCAGCAACAACUCUCCCCUAAAGGGCAAAAAUCAGUCAGUGAAGCGUCCCUUCCCCUGACUGGCACAGCUCUCAGCUUGCAACCGUCACUGAUAACCUCCGCACCAAUCAGUGUGCAACAGUCGGAUAACCGUCCGACCCACACGUAUGCCAACAACGCGUCUUUGCACGUGAUUACGGCGAAAACAGCAACGCCGAUGGGAAGUCGUUGCCCAAGCGAUAGCGGUCGAUCAAAGUCGAUUCGCGAAGAAACCAGCGAACCGGAACGAGCCAGUACCAACUUUGCCAACCUCAUCAGACAGUACCUUCUUCGACACCGUGACCCUACUCUGAACCAACAAGAUUUGGACAACACUCACAACGAUAAUUUGGACGACGAAUUCGGAUCCACUAUUGGGUCUCGGCUUUGGAAAUCAACACAGGCCUUUAAACGACGCCGUCAAAGUUCCAAAUCUCAACAAGCACCAUUUUUAGUUAAUACAAGAGUCAUCGGAUCGGGUGAUCUGCAGCUCACCUAUCGCCUCCAUAGACGCGCACGGAACAAACGCAGCAUCAUACUGGAUCCGUUUGAGCAAAUGGAUAUAUUUUUCUCAGCUAAUCUAUCGAGUCUUGGAUAUAAGGAUGCCUAUGUGCUUCGACGGUCAUCGGAACAACGGAGCCGCCUGUCGCAUUUCCAGAUGCAGGAAGCUAUCCACACGAGACCACUGCAUGAAAGCGCUUACAGCAUCACUCGGUCUGGAGCUCAGUUGGACAACAGCCAACAACCCAUACAUACCAGCCAUGUCAGCUUUGCCAAGCUCACGCCAACAAAUAAACGAUCGUUUAUCGCAAGCUUAUCCUCAAUCAAAGAACCAUCAAAGCCCAGCUUGUUGCAUGGUGAACAAGAAAAAGUAGAACGAAACGAGUACCUGGGUGAGGAUCCAGAAACAUCAGUUCAUCCAACGCCCUUGGUUCAACGAUUUCGUCAAAGAUUAGUCGCAUUGUUCGAUUUACGAUUGUUUACCGACUCUUCUUUCCUGUGCCUUCUAGCCGUAGGUGUGUUCAAUCAGCUGGCCUACUUCAUUCCAUUCGUCUAUCUGGUCGAUUUUGCAGUUAGCAAGGGGCAUGAGCGCAGCCAGGCCAUUCUCCUAAUUGUGAUACUUGGUUCAUUUCACACGGCCGGACGGAUUGUCGCUGGAUGUGCCGCAAAUCUGGUCUGGAUGGAUACAGUCUAUUUGAGCGGGAUCGGUACACUUACUGGAGGUAUCUGCAACAUCGUUUUGCCCUUGAUCUUCCCAUCAAGUUUUAUGUGGUAUUCUAUCUACGCCGCAUUGUUUGGUGUUGCCUGUGCCUUCCCGAUUCCAAUGAUCCACCUACUAUUAGUACGGUUCCUCGGAUUGGAACGGCUGACUGCGAGCUACAGCAACUUGAAUCUGGCCAAGGGAAUCGCGUCCGUAGUUGGGCCGCUUGUAGCCGUUAACAUUGUCGAAACCACGGGUGAAACUGCUCAUUACUUUUUCGUGGCUGGGGUUUGCUUCACACUGUCCGCACUCGCUCACUUAGGACUUUGUCGAUUUCCCUGCUCAAAGCCUGUGGAUGAGCUGGAGGACGAUUUUCGGGCUGACUGCUGCAUGUGUCUAACCGAACGUCAACAAGAACCGCAAGACUAUUUAGAAGAGGAUGAAGAAUUGCACGCAGAUCUACCCUUGAACUACCAUUAGUCGGAUCAGACUACUCAGGAAAUGAUUCCACCCUCGGACCCACUCAACUUCUGUUGCCAUGUUGUUGGCCCCGGACCUCCAAGUGUGCUUAACCCACCCAUCAUUGCCUUCAGUCCGAUUCCUUCUAGCGUUCCUAUUUAUUUCAACCCUUCUGCAAGAUGCUCAGUUCCGCUUUUGCUAUUCACAUCCUUCGUUUUGCUAGGCCCUCUUGCACGUAAAAGCCAGAUCUUGAUUUUUGAACAUUUUACCACAAGUUGAGUGCUGCUCUGGGUUGAGUAACGCUUCAAUCCGGAAAAAGUUGUGGUUUUGUUGUAUUUAACUAGCACGUUUUUGAACAGGCAUCUUUUUUAGGGUUUACUUUUCCGAGU